AUGGCAUUGGCACAAGAGCCGACGAACUUUAAUUGCGGCAGCAUUGCCACAAAGCCUUCGAGUAUGAAAGGCAAGCUCUGCAUGUACCCGCUGCUCUUCCGCCAUACGAAGCGCACGUCGCUGCCUGGAGUAAUCAUUCAUGUACCAGGUCAUCGUAAAGGCCAGGAUCCACAUCAGGUUGGUGAACAAAAAAAUCGGAAACUCAGCGGCUAUAGCCUGCAGGCUCCAAACCGGGGAAAUGACGGUCGAAGAAUGAUCAUUGCCCAGGUAACUGCUAUGCCUGUGGAACAAGCAAUGCGAAGCAAAAUCCUGGUACCUGCCGGUCUGGCCAACACCUGGUUUUAUCCUCAAGAGCGCCCAUCAGCUAUUAUUCCUCACUUUUGGUUUGACACUGGUGCCGGUUUAAUUGAUGGUACAUCCAUUGGCUAUACACCGGAGUCAUUCUAUAGUUCCACUAGCAGUGCAGGUGCCUUGUUCAGUACGGCAGCAGACAAUGUGCAGUUCUGGCAUAAAAUGAUUACCGGGCAGGUGCUGAGUGCAUCAUCUCUUGCCGAAUGGCGGAGAACGAUAUAUCUGAAUAGCAAUACGGGUUAUGGGCUCGGUAUAUUCCGCUACAAAAACUUUAACGGCCAUGUGGUUUAUACACAUGGGGGUACGGCUCCCGGGGCAAUCAACGAAAAUCUUGCAGACUCGGUGACCGGCGUGUGUAUCUCUCUUCUUACCAAUCAGGACAGCGCUAACAAUAAUAUGCUUUUCAAUGGCGUGGAUUCGGGUAAACAUUCCAGGAUAAACCAGAAGCAGGUUGUACACUUGUAG